UCAAAGACAGUGUAGCUAGUAGGUGAGACUGUAAGUGUUAAGACAUGAAGCACUCUCACUGCAGCAGGUUGCUCCUGGUGUGCUCAGUUCUUGUGCUCUGCCUCGUAACCGGAGGCGCGAGGUGCAACAAGUUAAGCAGCAAUUUCUAUGACUGGACGUGCCCCGGAGUGUACAACAUCGUCCAGCAGCACGUGUUUUCUGCCAUGAGGGAAGAGCUGAGAAUGGGGGCCUCCCUUCUCAGGCUUCAUUUCCAUGACUGCUUUGUCAAUGGCUGUGAUGGUUCAAUCUUGCUGGAUGGUGCUGAUGGCGAGAAAUUUGCACUACCCAACAUGAACUCUGUCAGAGGGUACGAGGUCAUCGACGCAAUCAAGGCCGACCUCGAGAACAUGUGCCCCGGGGUGGUGUCCUGUGCUGACGUUGUAGCCCUUGCAGCUGGCUAUGGAGUACUCUUUAGUGGAGGGCCUUACUAUAAUGUUCUUCUGGGGAGAAGAGACGGUCUGAAGGCGAAUCAGUCAGGAGCUGCCAACGGCCUGCCCUCGCCGUUCGAACCGAUCAGCUCCAUCGUAAAGAAGUUUGCCGAUGUUGGCCUCGACACGAAAGACGUGGUGGUCCUGUCAGGUGCCCACACGAUCGGGCGAGCCCGGUGCGUGCUGUUCAGCGACCGGCUGGCGUCCACCAAGAGCUCGGCAAACCCGACGCUGGACGCCACCAUGGCCGCCAACCUGCAGAAGCUCUGCACCGGCGGCGAUGGCAACCAGACCACCGCGCUGGACGUCAGCUCCGCGGACGUGUUCGACAAGCAGUACUACCACAACCUGCUGAACAAGAAGGGCCUCCUGUCCUCCGACCAGGGCCUCUUCUCCGCCGACGAGGACGUGGUCGCCAGCACCACCAAGGCGCUGGUGCAGACGUACAGUGACGACGGCGAGCAGUUCUUCUCGGACUUCGGCGCGUCCAUGGUGAAGAUGGGGAGCAUACCGUUGCCAGCGGGAUCCGCCGACGAGAUCCGCUGCAACUGCAGGGUUCCCAAUCCCAAAUGAGCAACGGCGAGCAGAGUUCAUCGGCGGUUAGAUGAAAAAGAUGAACGGGUAGCUAGGAAGAACUAGCCGACUGGCUAAUAAAGCAAGACUGAGGAUUCAAUCCCAGGCGCUUGUCACUACUAGAAUGCAGCACUAAAGGACACACUUUGUAAGUGAUGAUUAACUACUGUAAAUGGUGCAAAGAUCAUUGUUGUAGUAUAUGUAGAAUCGAAGGAUGCCACACUAUGUAUGUAUGAGUGGUGACUUCGGGUGGCUUGAUGUAUGUUCUUGUUAGAUUUAUGUUGAAUAAUAAAUAACGAUGGCCGUAUGCAUCGAUUGAUGCAGAGGCCGGGGGUCUUAACCUCCUUUUCCAAA